UGAACAACAGAUGUCGCCACUAGACAAAAAUAUUUUUCACGUCUACCAACAUACAAACGAAUAAAAAUCCUUUUGUCAAAAACGUCAGUAUUUUACUGAAGGGUGUGAAUUUUUUCAGCCGAUCGACUUUUUUAAAUCUUGAAAAUGCCAGAACUUACCGAAGUUAAAUCAGACACCCAAGCUGAAGUUAAGCCAGCAGCAACUUCCGAGAAUGCAGUUCGCAUUGAAGACGAUGCCAGUGAUAGCGACUCCGAAGACACCAUCCCCGAGUUGGAGGAUGCCACCGCUGGAGCCACCCAACUCGGUGGUGGAGCAACAGGAUUGCCAAUUGACUUGGUCUCCAAAGCCAAGCAAUCCCGUGGCGAGAAGAAGGCUCGCAAAAUCAUGCUCAAAUUGGGCCUGAAGCAAAUCCAAGGUGUCAACCGUGUUACCAUUCGCAAGUCGAAGAACAUCUUGUUUGUCAUCAACAACCCCGAUGUCUACAAGAAUCCCCACAGUGACACAUACAUCAUUUUCGGUGAGGCAAAGAUCGAAGAUCUUUCACAGCAAGCUCAAGUGGCUGCUGCCGAGAAAUUCAAGGCUCCAGAAUCGGCUGCUGGUGCAUCAGACACCGUGACUACGACAUCGGUAGCACCAAUUGCCGAAGAAGAUGAAGAAGAAGUCGAUGAGACUGGAGUUGAUGAGAAGGAUAUUGAGUUGGUUAUAACGCAAGCUAAUACCACAAGAGCCAAAGCAAUUCGAGCCCUUAAGAAUAAUAAUAACGAUAUUGUCAAUGCAAUUAUGGAGCUGACAAUGUUAUAAGCGGAACGUUGUGCAAUUCACUUUGUUUCACUAUAAUUUGCAUUUUACCCGCCUUUUGAUCAACACAUUAAUUAACAACCAAACAAACAACAACAACAAUGAAUGAAUAUAAAUUAUAUAUUUCCAAAAUAAAAUACACAAAAAAUAAAAUACAAGUUUUUAUCCCUUGGUGAUAUAUAUAAAAAAAAAAGCUCCUCCUUUCUAGAAUCGUUUUUAAUUCGUUUUGUUUCGGAUGUGGUUAGUCUGUAGUAAACACGAUUCAUAUGCUGUAAGAAUUCAAUGAAUAAAAAAUUAACUAAAAAACAUUGAA